AUGGACUGCCUGGUGCACACGAGCUCCAGGCUCAAGGUGGCGUCGCUCUUCUCCGGAUGCGGCGUGCUCGACUACGGCCUGACGCAAGCCGGCCACGAGAUCAUCCUCCAGACGGAGUCUGACGACGCCGCGAGAGAGGUGCUCGCCGCUCGGUUCCAGGGGAUCUGCCAGCCGCGCGACGCGGGCAUGGUCGAGGUUUUACCCGCGGACACCGACCUUCUCGCCGCGUCCGUCGUCUCCGCCGAGCUCGAGGGAUCUUGGCGCGAGAGCUGGAGCAAGGAUUCCGUGGCGUCCAAGCUGAAGCAGGUGCUCCGGCUGAUGAAGUCGAGCCCGCGGACGCCGUGGGUGCUCAUCGAGGCGUCCUCCGCGCUGCUCGAGAGCGACGGCGACGGCGUGCCCAUCAUAUGCGACCUGGUCAGCGAGUUCGAGCGGUUGGGAUACAGAUGGGCGCACAGGACCGUCGCGCCCGUCGCCUUCGGCGUUCCCGACGUCAAACCCAGGGUGGUACUCGUCGGGUCCAAGCACGGAGACCCGAGGGACGUACUGCUCACCGAGGACGCGGGUGCGAUCGCGCCGUUCGACGCUCCGGGUCCCGACCAGGCGCAGGCGUUCGUCUUCAACCGGCAGACGGACGGCAGGGUCCGGGUCUUUAGCGAUUUCGUCGAGGGGUUCAACCCGGGGGGCGCGAGCUGCGUCCUCAUGCCCGGCGGCGGUCUCACCGCGCUGGAGGUGCACGACGCGGAACGGCUGCAGGGGCUGCCCCCGGGCUGGACCCUCACCUCGCGCCCGCCCGCGAUUGGCACCCCCGUGGACAACGCCCCGCGGUGGAACGCGCUCGCGGCGUCCAUGGGGUGCGUCCCCGCGACGCAGUGGAUUGGCGCCAGGCUGGCGAACCCGUACAAGCUCAAGGCUUCCGACUCCAUCGGCGUUCCCUUCGAGUCCCCGAUCACGGUGCCGUGGCCGCCGUGCGCCUACAACGUCGGUUCGGGUCGGUGCGCGGCGCCCGUGUCCCCUUUCCCGAGGGCGACUCCCGGCGCCGCGCUGCCCACCCUCGGCGCCUUCGUCACGCCCCCAUCCGUCGGCGGGCACUCCUCCAGCAUGGAGGUGGUCACGAAGGAGACGGCGCUGGACUGCGUCAAGGCUCUUCGCGCGGCCGGGUGGCAGCCCCCGCCGCAGCUCAUCGCGGUGGAGGUGGCCGCGGAGGCUGCCAUCGCGGCGGCGGCGGCGGCGGCGGCGGCUCAGAUGCCGGGGGCGAAACCCGGCGAAAAGCGAGGAUCCCCCGCGCUUCAGGACCCGGUUGCCGCGCAGGCUGCCGCGCUGGCGGCGCUGGCGCCGAUGAUGGCGGCGGUGCAGGCGGCUGACGCCGGCGCGAGCCUGGCGGGGUUGGGUAACCCCGCCGCGGCGCUGGCGGCGGCGGCGGCGGCAAGUGGCGGUGCUCCGAGGUCCAAAAAGUCGAAAACCUCGGCGCACGGCGUCAACGCGCACAAGGACGAACCCGCGGAGGAGGAAGGGGACGAGUCCGAGGAGGACGACCCCGACGACGACUCGUACACCGUCGCGAACAUCACGCUUCGGAGUCGGAAGGAGUCGCAGGUUGUGUGGGCGAAGCUCCCCGGACACCCGUUCUGGCCCGGUUUGAAGGUUGACCUCAAGAAGGACAAGGUGCCGCCCGAGACGAUGAACAUGCGAAAGGAGAACGAGGCGCUCGUGAUCUUCUUCGGCGAGAACUCGUUCGGGUGGGUGCGCGAGGAUCAGGUGCUCGAUUUCAAGGAGGCGUACGCGGAGAAGGCGAGGGAACCCAUCCGGAACAAGGCUCGGUUCAACAGCGCCCUGCAGGAGGCUCUGAACGACAUAGAGAAGCGCGGCGUCGCCUUCGUCCCCCCCGCGAUUCAGCAGCGAGGUAAAUCCGGCGGCCACCACGGCCACUCCAACGGCCACAAGGACGCCAAGAAGGACGUCCUCAAGAAGGACGGCGACGGCGGCGGUACAAACGGCGAGAAGUUCCCGGUUCACCUGCCCACCGGCGAGGAGGCGAAGGCGCGAGCCGAGUCCCUCGUCGCAUCCGCGGCUAAGGCCAUCGCGUCCGGGCGGCUCACCACCGAGGGAUGCGCGUGCCGCGUCUGCGCCAACCCCGCCUCCCCGAAGAACGCGCUCUCCGGAAAGGAGAAAGGGGGCGCGGGCGCGCCCGUCUGCCUCCGCAUCGAGGCGCAGAAGGCGGCGGCGGAGCACGCGGUGGGCGCCAUGCUCACCCUGCAGGGCGAGGCGUCGGUGGGCCACGUCAUCGAGAUCUUCUGGCCUCUCGACGACGUCCACUACGGCGCCAAGAUCACGUCCUACGAUCCGGUGGAGAUGCAGCACAUGGUCAUGUACGACGCGGACGGCGUGCGCGAGUACCUCUGCCUGUGGAACGAGGACGUGAAGGUUCUCGACGGCCCGACUCCGGGCGAGGGUCCCGCGCCUGACGCGCCGCGCGACCACGCCACGCAGCCCGGCAUGGCGAACCUCGCCGCUCUCGCGUCCGCCGGCGCCGUCAACGGCGGCGGAAGCAGGGGCGGCGCGGGCGGCGCGGGCGGCGACGAGGCUGGCGGCGCGCCGGGAGCAAAGACCGAACCCGCGGAGACCGAGGCGGCGGCGGCGGAUGGGGCGGAGGACGGGUGCCUCGAGGCGCUGAUGGGGCUGGCGAGUGACUCGUCGGCGCCGUCGUCACCCGCGCCGUCGGCGGCGCCCAGGAAGGGCGGCCAGCGCGCGGCGACCAACGGCGGCGCGGCAGGUUCCGGAUCCGCCAGGCUCUCCUCGCGACAGGCGACGAAGGAGAGCGCCAACGCGGCGGGUCCGUAGGGAGAGAGGCAAGGCGAAGGCGAGAGAGAGAUGGAUGCGAUUGAUUGCGACGGGCCGCGACGUCGACGAGGGAGGGACUCCCAGUGACUCGUCUCGCGGCGUGCCUAAGUUUUAACGACGAACGCGAAUCACCUCGGGG